AUGAAGCCUACCAGGAUACCCUUCUCUCGAUGGAUUCUGGCCCUUUGUGCCUGGAUAGCCUUCAUCGAUAUUACCCAGGCGUCCCUUGGUGACAGACUGCCAGAGUUUAAAGACUGUCUCGAGAACUGCAAGAAAGAGCAUUGCGACUCGGGACAGGUUUCUCUCCCGAUACACCUCCGGCUCCUGCUCUGGGACUGUCCGUCGAACUGCGAUUACGCCUGCCAGCAUGUCGUAACCAACCAGAGGGUGGCCAGGGACCCCCCGAUGCUUCAGCCGGUCGUCCAGUACCACGGAAAAUGGCCCUUCCACCGAGUCCUGGGCAUCCAGGAACUCUUCUCCGUCCUGUUCUCCCUAUUCAAUUACCUCGCCCACUACCGUGGUAUACAGCAAGUGAAGGAACGCAUACCUCAGUCCUACUCUCUACGCAAGUACUACCUCUGGUUCGGCUACAUUGGGCUCGUGAGCUGGACGUUCAGCAUGGUCUUCCAUACUAGGGACUUUCCCUUAACGGAAAAGCUUGACUACUUCGCAGCCGGGGCUAGCGUGCUGUACGGCCUAUAUCUGGCUGUGGUGAGGAUAUUCCGUCUGGACAAGCUGCGCCCACACUACAAGCCGUCACUUUUACGGGGGUGGACUCUCUUCUGUGCGGUGUUAUACACCAUGCACGUCUCGUACCUUAGCUUCUGGUCCUGGGACUACACGUACAACAUGGCUGCCAAUGUCGUGGUAGGCAUCGUCCAGAAUCUGCUAUGGACUGGCUUUAGCUUCAAGCAGUAUAAAAGGUAUAUGAAGUCUUGGACGGCGUGGCCCAGCAUGAUUGUUGGAUGGGUGAUUUUAGCCAUGAGCCUUGAGCUACUUGACUUCCCUCCGAUUGGCGGGUUAAUCGAUGCCCACAGCUUAUGGCAUUUAGGCACAGUUAUCCCCACCAUAUGGUGGUAUGCGUUCCUUAUCCGGGACGCAGAGUUUGACAUCACCGAGAAGCGCUUGCGUGCUUGA